AAUGGGAAAUUCUAAUAUAAAACAACAUAUUGACACAGCACAGAAAACUGGAGCUUGCCAACUAUGUAAACUCGGACUAAAGGAGUUUCCUGAAGAUCUACAAAGGCUGACCAAAAAUCUUAGAACACUUGAUUUGUCAGAAAAUAAAAUACCUUUGAUACCACCAGUUAUUGGAUCAUUCUCCUUGUUAAAAAAUGUCAACUUAAGCAAAAAUAGAUUGGAAUCACUUCCAGCUGAAUUUGGGAAUUUGAAAAAGCUGGAAUCUUUGUCAUUGGAAAGCAAUUGCCUAACGUCAAUUCCAGAAUCCCUAACAAAACUUGCUAGUUUACGUACACUGAAUUUAUCAGACAAUAGAUUGAAAUCAUUUCCUAAACAAGUGUGUGUACUGAGACAGUUGGAUGCGUUAGAUCUGUCUAAGAACAAAAUUACAGUUUUGCCUGAUGAUUUGGAACAGUGUCAAGCUAUAGAACUCAAUCUCAACCAGAACCAGAUUUCUGGUCUGCCUGAAAGCUUAACGUCAUGUCCUCGAUUGAAAGUAUUAAGAGUUGAAGAAAAUUGUCUGGAGAUCUCUGCCUUUUCUCCACGGAUAAUGAAGGAGUCCAACAUUGCACUGUUAGCAGUAGAAGGCAACGUAUUUGAUAUGAAGGCCUUUAAUAAUCUGGAUGGCUAUGAUGAGUAUAUGGAAAGAUACACAGCAACAAAGAAAAAAUUCAACUGAAGAAUAACAUGAGUCUGGAUUUAAAUGGAUUCUGUUUAAGUCACCAUAACAUAUAUACUUUGUAUAAACAUGUAUUUUAAAGUCACACCAUAUAUGGUGAGCAUAUAAGUUUUGAUGCUUCAGAUUAAGUGCAUCAUUAAAUUAAACUUUAAACACAUGACAAAUAGAAUAUUGGCUUCAAACAAUGUAAUUAAAAGGUAAUUAGCACACUCUUAUUUAAGUAAAAUCAAAAAAAUUAUAUCUAAUCAUGAAUUUUUAUAGUGUGCGAUACUAAAACUUUUAAAAGGAUCACAGUGUAGUUACUCAGUGCAAGAAAUUGAUAAUUUUGAAAACAGUGAUACCCGACUCUGAUAUUUAUUGAUUUUGUAAAGAUCCAAUCCAUAUGUUUUUUUUUUCCUAAAGCAGAUUUUACAGAAAAAGGUUGUGUAAAAAACUUUUAUUUAAGAAGUUUUGUUAAAGUAGAUUGUACCACUGUGUUUCAAGUUAUUCCCACAUCAUACUUCAUGUAUGUAUUAAAAAAUGUAUUAUGCACAUGUUAAAGUUAUGAAGAAAGAAGUGGAAUAUGUCAAAUAUAAGUAAAGUCUUUUUCCCCAGUUACAUGUGUAUUUCAUGAGAACAUAGUAUAACUGUUACAUAUGUAUUAAGUUAUUUCUCCCGUAUCUGCACAAGUUUGUGGAUUAGAAACCCUAGCUGUAAUUAUACAUACAUUGUAAGUGCACUUAUUGACCCCUUUCUACAUUUUGUUUUUUGAGGCAAAAAUGUUCUGUAAGAAAUCUAUUGACAUUCGCAAAUGUAACUUUGUGUUAAGGAUGCCAUUAUAUUGAUAUUUUUAUCAGCUGAAGAAUUUCAAACCACAAAUCUGGUAUAUUUUAUGUGAUGGAGGUAAAGAUAUUGAACAAACUCCCUGUGAUACUUUUCCAAUAAGCUUUAUUCUAAAGUACUCAUUACUGUAUUUUUUCUGCUCUUUAUAUAUAUGUUCUUCAUAAAUACAUGUUUUACCUAGGAAACUGACAUUUUUUUUCCGGUGUUUUGUUAUUAACGGUUUUAACCAGAUUUUUAUAGAAGCAAGAGUAUGGCACAAUUACCUUAGUAUAUGGGAUAGUAAAAGUCAACCCUCAGGCAAAAAUGUUUGGCAGAAGUCAUUUUAAAGCCUUGGUUUUGACCCACAUUUUACCCCUUAACAAUCCCUCCUAUCCACAUGUGGGAAACUUAUAAGACUUGUAUAUAUCUUACAUAAAGUUAUACAUGUAUCGUUGAUGACUGUAUAUGUCUGCAACAUGUUGAAAUUUCAGCACUUUCUCAACCAUGAAUGGGGUAUCUUAAGCAAAAUUUAAUAACUGGUAUGGUGAUGAAUAAAGAUACUUUAAAACUAAAGGAGAAAAACGACUUAGUUUUGGAACAACAAUAGUGGAACCAGUGUAUUAUAUGCAGUGUACAUAUGUAUAUAAAUGGAUGUCAAGGUAUAUGUACCCUUAUCAUUCCCAUAAUAAAUGUCAGGUCAGAAUUCAUUAUACCUUUAGAAGAAUAAUGUAUGCUGAUGUAUGUUGUAUGUUACUAUUAAGUAUGUCUGUGCAAUAUAUAUGUAUAUGUUGUCUUAUGUCUACAGUGUUCUGUUUACAUGUGUAAAGACUGUUGAUUGUGUAAAUUCAUUUAAGUUCAUUUGUAAAAUGUUUCUACGUACAUGUAUAUUUCCCCCCUCCCCCAACACGCACCAUUUUUUUUACUUUUAUAUUUUUGAAAAACAUUUUUUUUUCAGUAACUGACAACAUUAAACAUAUUUUUCAAUGUAUAAAACUUUUGGCAUGCAAUUAAUUAUAUACCAGAUAUGUUAUCCUGAGCUAUAUUGUGGAAUAUGUUGAAAGAACUCAAAUUUACUUCAUUGUAAAGAGGAACACUUGAAAUACAGAGAUUAAGUGAUUGAUAUGUCAAUGACAGGUAUAGAAUGGUGUGAUGGUGCUAUUGCUGAUAAACUCACUAAACCCAAAAGGACUUUUCAAAUAAGUUUGUUAAUUUAAAUAAAUGUAGCAAUGUUUGAUAAAACAAUAAUCAAUUAUGAUUAAAUUUUAUUAUUUUCCCCAAAUAUUUUUUGGGGAGCACAUAGUUGCCAUUUUAUCUGUUUGUCCAUCCUUCUUUCAUUUACUUUGUUAGUCUAACCAUCAGUUCUUUUGUUUAUGGAGAAUAAUUUUGUCCACAGUUAAGUAAGGAUCAUGAGUCAAGUAUCAAAUCCAGGGUCCACAUUCCUUUAGUUAUAAAGUUAGUGCCUUGUGUUCAUUUCCAGAGUAUAAUUCUGGGGUUGCACGUGUAUAUGUGUAUACAUUGAUCGUACUAAGACAAUGUGCAGCGAACAACAGUCAAGGCCCACAACCUCUUUAUUACAGAGUUACUUCCCUUUGCUAAAAUCUUUUGUCACAGCAUAACUUUGCUUUUGCAUGUAAACCAGGAUAAUAAGUUUUGGUGUAUUCAUUUGUCAUACUAAGAUGAUGUGCAGUGUACCAAUGUCAGAGCCAGGAACCCCUUAAUGAUGUAAUUAUUGCCCUUUGUUAAACUUUUAUUUCCAAUAAAGUUCUUGGAGAGCAUUCAUCAGUUUCACUGUUACUCUCGUUUCAUAAAUUAUUUAUUCAUUAUGUCAAGCCAUUUUUUUCUCGCGUUAACUUUAGACGUCACAAUAAUUGUCACAUGAUUGAAUGAUAUUGUAGUCUUAGAAAAAAAAAUUCAUUUUAUUUCUAUACCAUGUAAUGCAGAGAUGCAGGGCACGUUUAAAUGUUUAUUGUAUGCACUACUGGUCAGCAGGAUAACAGUUAAUCACCUAGGGAUAUUUCUAGAACUGAUUUCUGUAUGUGUAUGUUAUUGUUGUCAUAAUGCUAUCAAAUGUCAUUUUGUAGAACAUUUGGUCUUAGUUGUAAACAACCCUGUGUAUUAGUACUCGUCUUAAUGGGACUGAAAUCAAAGAAAAAUUCCCGGUAUAGAAUACAUUCAUUCUCCGAUUAUUCGGAGUCAGGCCAAGCGUUUUGCAGAAGUCGAAACAUAUUUUCUAUGACAGGUCUUGAUUAGCUAAACUAUAAGUAUUUUUUUCUUAGUCAUAAUAACUAGAAAUAAAUUGGUUUGAUGCCUUAAGUUCUCUUUAAAGAGAAGUUUUGAAGUAAGAUGACUUUGUA